AUGAGUGGGGGAGAAGCUGGCGAGGCGGCCGCCGCUGCUGAUGCGACCGGCCCGCCUGCGCUGCAGGUCAUUGUGUUGGGCUCCGGCGGAGGGCCUCUGGAAAACAACGUCACUGCCUUCCUCGUACGGUCACUUGCAUCAGGGUGGGGAAAGAAUUCACUGAUUGCUGUCGACGCCGGCGUUCAUCUCGGCGCUAUCAAAACGAUCUUGGAGCGGACUCAGCCGGCGAGUCUCGGGGAGCGCGAUGGGCCCUCGCUCCCACACACCCUCACGGCCGGACCUUUCGCCGGGCUCCAAAUCCCUCAUGCCACGGCGGACGCAAACGCCGCUUACAUCCACAAAGACCUGAUAGAAACCUAUCUCAUAACACAUCCUCAUCUUGACCAUAUUUCAGGUUUCGUCAUCAACACUGCCGGCUUAUCCGGCCAACGGCCGAAGAGGGUGGCUGGCCUUCCGAGUACCAUAGAGGCCCUGAAGACACACGUCUUCAAUAACGUGAUAUGGCCGAAUCUUAGCGACGAAAACAACGGCGCCGGGCUGGUCACGUACGCGCGAUUGGUCGAUGGCGGCUCUCCCGCGCUGGGCGAGGGAGAAGGCAGGGGCUAUCUGGAGCUUUGCGGCCACCUGACAGUCAAGGUAUUGGGCGUCAGUCACGGCCACUGCAUCGAGAAGCACAGCCAUCGCGGCAGCAGCAGCACCCGCCACGGCAGUUUCGAUGCCUCUAUUGCCGCCAUCCUGCAACAGCACGAGCGCAUGCAGAUCGCCUCCCCUGCCGGUCGGCGCGGCAGCUCGCUCUCUUGCCCGCCAGCUGCCGACGAGUCGACCUGCGUCUACGACAGCUCGGUGUACUUCAUCCGGGACGGGGUCACGGGACGCGAGAUCCUUAUAUUUGGCGACGUCGAGCCGGACAGUGUCAGCCUCUCUCCACGCAACAGGCAGGUCUGGCAGGCGGCAGCCCCUAAGAUCGCCGCCGGCAACCUGGCCGGCAUCUUCAUCGAGUGCAGCUACGACGACUCGCGGUGUAUGGAGCGCCUGUUCGGCCAUCUUACGCCGCGGUACAUCCUCGAGGAGAUGACGGCGUUGGCCGAGGAAGUGGUCGCCGUCCGGCGGGAACGGGGGGCGCCCGCCCCGGGCCACGGAAGCAGCGGCGACAAGAAGCGCAAACGGGCCGGCGACGAUGGUGCGCUAACCAAAAAGAAAAGCACGCCGCAGCUGAGGGCCUCCCGGGAGCCUCGCUCAGACGUGCCUCUCUCCCCGAGAAGCCUCAGGCCCUGCCGGCCCGUCAGCACGACCCCGGACCCCGACCAAGCCCUGGCCAGCCAGGAGCUGCCCGGUCAAGCUUUCCCCUUCCAAACGCGGCCGCUCCGGCGCGCGGCCUCGGGCGACCCCUCGACCCCGCGGACGGACCCAGACGGAACGGACGCCGUGCCGACACCCGACGAGCGGGGCCGAAGCGAAGACGCAGACCUCGACGUCCCACAGUUCCAGGCCUUCGAUCUCAGCCCCACCGCGACCACAUCCUGCAUGGUCAUUCCCACCUCCAAUCCCCACCGCGCCGAGACAGCGGCGGCGGCCAACCCCCUGCGGAACGCCCUGAAGGGCCUCAGAGUGGUGGUGAUCCACGUCAAGGAGAGAAUGGCGGACGGGCCCACGGCCGACGAUGUCAUCUUGCGGGAGCUGCAGGAGCAUGAGCGGAAGGCCGCGCUAGGAGUUGAGUAUCUCAUCAGUAGCGCGGGACAGGAUUACUUUUUUUGA